AGGAUGUUGUCCUCCUAGGUUUCGGGAAUCCUGAAAAAUGCCAUUACAAUUAGGACUGCUGCCGGGAUGGGAGCUGUCUCUUUACUUGUUCCUUUCCUUUGGCUUUCAUUUUUAUUCCUUUUAUGAAGUCUUCCAAGCCUCUCGAGAGUAUGAAGAGGAACUUGAUAGAGAAUUUGAGCUGGAAACUGAUUCACUGUUUGGAGGAUUUAGAAAGGAUCCCAUGGAUUUUGAAUGGAAUUUUUGGAUGGAAUGGGGUAAAGGAUAUAUCCUGUGGCUCCUUUUCGGUCACCUCACGGUAUCACAGCUGUCCAGCCUUUACAUGGAGAAGUACAAACCCUGGUUUCUGAUGGUGUAUGGCAUGGCAGCCUGUUGGUUUCUGCUUGGUACCAAUGGUUUGGCAGUGAUUUUUCUACAUGUAACUUUCUCGUACGGAGUGGCUCAAUUUAAGAACCCCUUUCUGAUGUGGCUGGGCUCAUUGCUUCUGUUGUCAACUUUGCACGUGUCUGCCCUGGAAGAAAUAAAGAGAGGCUGGUAUGCCAGUGAAAGUGAAUACUACUUGCUUCUUUUCACCCUGACUGUCCGCUGCCUCUAUUACACAAGCUUUGGUCUGGAAUACUGCUGGUACAGGUCUGCCAAAAUGACUCCUCACCCAUUCCUUUGGAUGCUGGCUUAUGUGUUCUAUUAUCCUGUCUUCCACAACGGACCCAUUAUUACCUUCGAUGGAUUUUAUAAACAGAUGAAUAAACAAGAAAACUGCAGUUUGAAGUUCAACCUCUGGGUUUUCAUCAGGGGCUCCGUUCGUAUUUUGCUUUGGUGGUGGCUGGCAGAGUCGAUGAUUCACUUUAUGUAUAUACAUGCCAUCUGCAGCAGUCCUUCACAUCUGGAAGCAGUGACCUACUGGACCUUAGGUGGGCUGGCGUUGGCUCAGGUCCUCUUCUUUUAUGUGAAAUACCUCGUGCUUUUCGGUGUUCCUGCACUUGUUAUCCGAAUGGAUGGCCUGAAGGCUCCCGACUUGCCACGCUGCGUGAGCACCAUGUACAGUUUUUCCGGAAUGUGGAGAAGUUUUGAUGUUGGACUGCACACAUUUCUUGUCAGGUACAUUUACAUCCCGAUGGGAGGAUCCCGCUGCAGCAUCUUUAAGAUGUUGUUCUCCACAGCAAUCACGUUUGCUUUUGUAAGCUAUUGGCACGGCGGCUAUAGCUACCUUUGGUCCUGGGCGAUACUUAAUUGGCUUGGAGUAGCAGCCGAGAAUGGAGUGAAGAGGCUGGUUUCUCUUCCAGCUGUCCAUGACUUAAUCAACCAUUUUUUGUCCCCAAGAGGCUGUCGGCGACUCCAUGCAGCUCUGGCAUCUGUGUCUACCAUGUGGUUGAUUUUCUCGAACCUUAUCUUUCUUGGAGGGAAUCAUGUUGGCAGAAUCUACUGGAACAGGAUCUUCGUAGAAGGCUGGCCGUGGGCGACACUCUCUGUUUGGGGAUUCCUCUAUUGCUACUCUCAUGUUGGGAUUGAAUGGCAACAGACUUACUCCAGGCAUUAGCAGUUAUUUGAAGGGAUGCCCUCUAGACUUCUCAAGAAGGGACCUUUGACCUAUGAACCCCAUCUUGUGUCUCGGUGUACAAUGCCAUACCAGUAUCCCAGUAUAUCCUGACAUGCUGCCCAUCAGUAGCUGUAGGAAUUUCUC